AUGGACAACGAAAUGUGGUUUUGUGCGCGACGUGACAGUGCAGAAUCCGCACACGCCAGGUGCGACGGACAAGCACCAACCGGCUGGCCGGACCUAGUUCCGGAAGCCACUCCCGUCUGGCCGGACCCUGUUCCGGAGACGAACCCCGCUCUCCCAGGUCUUGUCCUGGAGGCAACAACUGGCUGGCCGGUCCUAGUACCGGAUGCCACCCCCGUCUGGCCGGACCCCGUUCCGGAGACGACCCCCGCUCUGCCAGGUCUUGCCCUGCAGGCAACAACCGGCUGGCCGGUCCUAGUACCGGAAGCCACCCCCGUCUGGCCGGACCCUGUUCCGGAGACGACCCCCGCUCUGCCAGGUCUUGCCCUGCAGGCAACAACCGGCUGGCCGGUCCUAGUACCGGAAGUCACCCCCGUCUGGCCGGACCCUGUUCCGGAGACGACACCCGCUUUGCUAGGUCCUGUACUAGAAGCACCCGCAUCGCUGGAUCCUGUUCCGGGUGCAAAUCAAGCCCUGCCGGGUCUUGUCCCGAAGGCAAUCUCCGCCCUGCCGGACCGUGUUCCGGAGGAUUUCACUGCUCUGCCAGGGCCUGUCCUGGAGGCACCCGUAUCGCUGGAUCCUGUUCCAGAUGCAACUCAAGCCCUGCCGGGUCUUGUCCCGAAGGCAAUCUCCGACCUGCCGGACCAUGUUCCGGAGGCUCUCAACGCUAUACCAGGCCCUGUCCGGGAGGCAAUUCAAGCCCUGCCGGGUCCUGUCCCGAAUGCAAUCUCCAGCCUGCUGGACCGUGUUCCGGAGGAAGUCAACACUCUGCCAGGCCCUGUCCUGGAGGAAAGCGCAUCGCUGGACCCUGAUCCGGAUGCAGUCCAAGCCCUGCCGGGUCCUGUCCCGAAGGCAAUCUACGCCCAGCCGGACCUUGUUCCGGAGGAUUACGAUACUCCGCCAGCCCCUGUCCUGGAGGCACCCGCAUCGCUGGAUUCUUUUCCGGAUGCAGUCCAAGCCCUGCCGGGUCCUGUCCCGAAGGCAAUCUACUCCCAGCCGGACCGUGUUCCGGAAGCAGAACCUAAAAAGGUCGGCGACUCCGCGAUCAACCGAGAUUCCGCGCCGAAGCUAGACAAUCCAGCAAGCCCACCUGAUACAAGCCGUGCCCAUCGGAGGACGGCUCCAACGACAACCAACCUCAACCCGAACGAGAGAGAAACCCGAACCAGUCGAGUCUCCCGCAUCUCCCAGAGCGAAGCACAAAGGCCACCUGACGAAGGUGCAAUUCAACGUCGGCCCUGGGACCCAGGGGUCGCGCCGCGUACGCGGUCCAGCAAGAACACCACCCAGGAUCGAGUUCCGUCUGUUGAGAGAACUCAACGGGGGGGAGAAUGUUCGGGACGACCGAAAGGUGCUUGCCCCCACCCGUACGACGAAAACGACUACGCCCCUGCGCAUCGGCAGAGCUGUCAUCGACGACGACAACAACAAGUUAGCCGCUCGAACCGCCUAGCAACAGGCAGGCGUUGA